AUGCUAGACAGAUUGCUACAAUCAUUACACCAAGAACUCCCAACAACAAUUCAGGAUAUUAUAAGAUUACAAUUGGAAAAUAUCAAGAUACUUCUUCACUUAUUACCUGAAACUGCUAUACUUGAUCUACCAGAAGAUCAGUAUUAUAUCUUAUUAACAAUCUUUUCAUAUUUCAGCCCAAAUGAUGAAGUUCGAAUGGGUAAUAUAUCUGCUGAAACAUGGCAGAUACUCAAUCAAAAACAUUCUGAAUUUUUAUCACGUUCAGCAAUCGAUACACUUCUCAAUACUACUAAUAUUGUCGACUUUAGAGAAAAUGCUCAGCAAAUUAAUUGA